GCCAAUGGGCGACGAAAAACUCAAACGCGGUUCCGCCUCCAUUCUUUUCUCAUGUCAUGAUACUCAUGCGAUUUUUGAUUGACUCCAACAGAUGUCCGCAUAGCAGUUGUACGCAUCGGAGUGUAACGGCACUGCAAAAAUGCCUCUGGCUCGCAGCCUCUCUGUGACCUCCCUGUCGGGGCUGGAUGAGUGGGAUGAGGAGUUUGACCUGGAGGAUGCCGUGCUGUUCGAGAUCGCCUGGGAAGUGGCCAAUAAAGUGGGGGGGAUCUACACAGUGAUCCAGACCAAGGCUCGCCUGACCUCGGAGGAGUGGGGGGAGAACUACUUCCUGGUGGGGCCCUACCUGGAGAGUAAUGUGAGGACACAGGUGGAGCUGAUCGAACCCACCAACCCCGCGCUGAAGAGGACCAUCGACAAGAUGAACGCCAGCGGGUGCAAGGUGUACUUUGGCCGCUGGCUGAUCGAGGGCAGCCCCUACGUGGUGCUGCUUGACGUGGGCUUCACCGCCUGGUCUCUGGACCAGUGGAAGAGCGAGCUGUGGGAGAGCUGCGGGAUCGGCGUUCCCUGGUUCGACCGCGAGGCCAACGACGCCGUCCUCUUCGGCUUCCUGACUGCCUGGCUGCUGGGGGAGUUCGCGGCACAGUGUGAGGAGCCUCCCCACGUGCUGGCGCACUUCCACGAGUGGCUGGCGGGGCUGGGUCUGGUGCUGUGCCGCCACCGGCAGCUCCCCGUGGCCACCAUCUUCACCACCCACGCCACCCUGCUGGGCCGGUACCUGUGCGCCGGCAAUGUGGACUUCUACAACAAGCUGUACAAGUUUAACCUGGAUAAGGAGGCUGGGGACCGGCAGAUCUACCACAGGUACUGCCUGGAGAGAGCAGCCGCACGCUGCGCCCACGUCUUCACCACCGUGUCCCAGAUCACUGCACACGAGGCCGAGGCCCUGCUCAAGAGGAAGCCAGAUAUUGUGACUCCCAACGGGCUGAAUGUGAAGAAGUUCUCAGCUGUGCACGAGUUCCAGAACCUGCACGCCCAGAGCAAGGCCCGCAUCCAGGAGUUCAUCAGGGGGCACUUCUAUGGACAUCUGGAUUUUAACCUGGACAAGUGUCUGUUUCUCUUCAUUGCUGGGAGAUACGAGUUCUCUAACAAAGGAGCUGAUAUAUUUCUAGAGGCACUGGCCCGGCUCAACUACCUGCUCAGGGUGAACCACAGUGAGGUAACUGUAGUAGCCUUCUUCAUUAUGCCGGCCAGAACAAACAACUUCAAUGUGGAAACGCUGAAGGGACAGGCGAUCCGCAAACAGCUUUGGGACACGGCUCACACUGUCAAAGAGAAGUUCGGGAAUAAGCUGUACGAAUCACUGCUCGGGGGUCAGUUGCCGGACGUGUCGAAGAUGCUGGAUAAAGAGGACUUCACCAUGAUGAAGAGGGCCAUAUUUGGGAGCCAGAGGCAGUGCCAGCCCCCCAUCUGCACCCACAACAUGCUGGAGGACAGCAGCGACCCCAUCCUCACCUGCAUCCGCAGGAUAGGCCUGUUCAACAGCUCCGCAGACCGGGUCAAGGUCAUCUUCCACCCUGAGUUCCUGUCCUCCACCUCGCCCCUCCUGCCCAUGGACUACGAGGAGUUUGUGAGGGGCUGUCAUUUAGGCGUCUUCCCUUCCUACUACGAGCCCUGGGGCUACACACCAGCGGAGUGCACGGUGAUGGGCAUCCCCUCCAUCUCCACCAACCUGUCCGGUUUCGGCUGUUUCAUGGAGGAGCACAUCGCUGACCCGUCUGCUUAUGGGAUCUACAUCCUGGACCGGCGCUACCGGGGGGUGGAUGACUCGUGCAACCAGCUGACCUCCUUCCUGCUGCAGUUCUGCCAGCAGAGCCGGCGGCAGCGCAUCAUCCAGAGGAACCGCACCGAGCGGCUGAGCGAGCUGCUGGACUGGCGCUACCUGGGCCGGUUUUAUAUUGCAGCCCGUCACAUGGCCUUGGCCAAAGCUUUCCCUGACACAUUCUGCUACGACCCUGAAGAACCCGCUUCUACUCAGGGCUUCCGUUACCCCCGGCCAGCCUCCGUGCCCCCCUCCCCGGCCCUGUCCCGCCACUCCUCCCCUCACCACAGCGAGGCCGAAGACGAGGAUGACGAGGAGCGGUACGAUGAAGACCUGGAGGCGGAGAAGGACCGCAUGAACAUCCGGCAGCCCUUCUCCCUCCCCCUGCGGAAGAGCAGCCUGCCGUUCUCUCCACCUCCCCCCGCCUCCGACAGCAUCAGCCCCCCCAGCUCCCUGCCCACCUCCACCACCAGCUCCCAGCCCAGCUCGCUGUCCAGCGAGAAAAACUGAGCACACACACACAAACACACAGGCUUGUGUGUACACACACGCACACGUGUAUACACACACACACAGGCACACACACACAUACAAAAACACAGGCUUGUGUGUACACACACGCACAUGUGUAUACACACACACAAAGGCACACACACACACACACACAUACAAACACAGGCUUGUGUGUACACACAUUCACACGUGUAUACACACACACAAAGGCACACACACACACAGGCUUGCGGGUACACACAUACACACACAGACACUCACACACACAUACACACUCUCGACAAGUAUCUCUACCUUUUUGGCACUUUUUGUACCUUUAUUUCUGAGUGCACACAUACAGACACACACACACAGGCGCAUACAGACACAGACACUGACACACACUGACACACACACACACACACACAUGAAGAGUCAGCAUUCAGGCCAGCAUAAUACAGCUGAGGGGUAUAUCUCAUCACAUUUUAUUCAGGGGAAGAAGUGUAAUCCACACCAUGCGAUGUCCUAGCAAGCUUUCAUCUUUUUUUUUUUCUUAAUCGUACCUCGAUGUGUGUUAUUAUUAUUCUUUUUAAAGAAAUGAAACACUCACACACCAAAAAGCACACCCAACCACUCACAAAAUAAAAGACAAACAGACAAAGUCGAUCGCACCGCCCCAGGCCGAACAUUGUCCGGAACAACAGGGUGACAAAUGCUCAAAGCCCAGAGCUCGUUGAUCGCUUAACCUGCCUGGUAUGACUGCUCAAAGCCCAGAGCUCGUCGAUCGCUUAUCCUGCCUGGCAUGUGCAAUGAUCAAGAGGACCCACAAACCCCCAUGGGUCUCACCCUUGACCUUAGCCAAAUGGCAGAGAAGAGAGGCCACGUGGAAGUUGAUAAGCCAGCCAAUCAGCAGCAAGGCCUUGCAGCUUCCAUGCGAUCAUGUGAUUUUUUUUUUUCACAUUCCGGAAGCAAUUUGUGUAGCUUUUUUAUCUACCACAUCGAGGUAUGACGAAAGAAAAAAAAAAAGACAAAAGAUUUCAGAUUCGCUGAAUGGUGGUGAUUAUCCUUACUAUGCUUAAAAAACCUCAAGUAAAUAUAUCAUGCAGCCCUACUGUAAGAAACAGAACCAUAGUAUUACGUCGCACAGCCAGUGUAGUAACACCCCACCAUGUAGGUACCACAUAAAAACAACUAGCACUCCUGUUUUAUGUAUGAAGGCAAGAACUGCUGUUUUAUGCUUUUAGCCGCCAGUCAGUCUAAUGACACUGAACUCAGAAGAGCGGUUAACCUAUUUAAUAUAGAUAUAGCGAGAUAGAAUAAUAUAUUUCUUUAUCUUUAUUCAACGUCUUCCCAAUCUGAGCCUCGUUAAUCAGUCGAAAUCCUGGCCUUUGCCUUCGGGUUGCACCUUGACGAAAAGCCCCGGUGCCUCUCAGUCCUGAGGACUCGGGAGUGCACGUGACCGUGAGGGCGGUUUGACCUCAGGCUACAAACCGCACGACCGCAGAUUACGACCGGCCACUAGGAGGCAGCGCAGAGCAGCCUGAAGCAAGAACAGACACGCCGAUUCCGGUUAGUUCGGGGAACACGACGAGGGUCCAGUUUCCUGUGUGGAAGUGCAUGGGAAAGAUUUAUAAACGAUGGAAAUUAAUGCUGAUUAUUGUCACUUUCACGGCAGCACUUCCUGCAAGUAGUAAAUCAUUUUAUAAUAAAUGUCUUAUGAACAUGAAAUAGCGCGGAUGAGUGUGGUGAUACUUUUCAUAAGAAUUCGGAAUAUUUUGUAUUCUGAAUUCUGUAAUGUACUUUAAAUUGUGGAGGAACCUAUGCACUUAAAAUCGCUUUGGAUUAAAAGCGUCUGCCAAAUGACUAAAAUGUAAAUGUCAAACGUAGAUUUCGGAUUUAAUCUGUUUUCAGAAGUGCAGUUGUUUUUUGGCACAGGUGCAAAUGUUCAGGCUCCUUGUCACAAACAGUGAGCUUGUUUAUGCCUUUUUCAGAAGCACUAAAGCGAUGUGUUCUGUGCACCACUCUGUGCUGUGCAUAAUAAAAUGUGCCUUACUACAUGAUCCUUCCCAACGCAGAGUGGCUCAUGUCCACCAAACAGUCAGAUCAGUGGAGAGCAAGUGGCUUGGCUAUCUGUCCCACUCUGUAGCACUGAAACACACAGAGACUGGACCCUCAAACCAGCUGAAAACUUUAAUCAACAAGCACCAACAAGUUGUGACCUUGUAAUUAAAAGUCUCCAUCUGCAUUCUGAGUGGUUUUGAGAUAUUGUGCUUCAGAGAUUUUAGUGAAUGGGCUCCAAGCAGAUACAACCUUUUACAUUGAGCAUUUGUGCCUACUUUCAAACAGUAUUUCUGUGUAAAACGUCAUGUGUUAGCUCACUUCAUUUGUGGCGAUCGUUGUGUCUGUGAGUUUACGAGCACUGAGUUGCCCAUUGUGGUGUCUUAUGGACCAUUCAGGAACCACUGCAGAAAUCGUCCUCUCUGUAAAACAACAGUAUAAAGCGCUGCUUUGAAUUUUUUAUCCAUUUGUAGACACAACCGACAGCUGAUGGACAGCGAGAGAACGGUUAAACAGAAGGAAAUGUGAAUCUGCUGCUUGGCUUGUGAAGUUUGUGUUACUGUCGAAUUCCUAAAAACUUGGAAAAUAAAGGCAAAGUGGUAACAGA